GUGGGCGUUAUGGGAUUGAGAGGGUGUUCCCGCUAUAAGAGGGCACCGCUACCCAGCGCUGAGCGCAUCAUUUACGCAUCACCAGACCAAGCUGUAGAGGUACAUGGAAUUCUAUCUCUCUUCAUCAAUCAAGAAUUCACUGCACACAGACUGACUUGCCAUAAAGAAAUGGAUUUUACUGCACUUUUUGGAGACCAAGAUCAAUGUAAAGACGUGAGGAAUGACAAUGGACUUUCAUCACCCGAACCUGAGAGAAGCGGGUUUACAGAGGGCCAAAGGAAACGCAAAAGAACCAUCUUCAGCCGCGCCCAAUUGUCUGAGUUAGAACAAGCUUUCGCUCUGACGCCGUACCCAGACAUCACUCUCCGUGAACGCUUGGCCGCACAUACGCAUCUACCUGAAAGCAAGAUACAGGUGUGGUUCCAAAACAGACGGGCAAGAAGUAUCAAGAGUGGAAGACUCACCAAAUCAACUAAGACUACUUUUGGAAGAGGUGCAACAUGCCAACCUCGCCCAAUGGUCCCCUCCCCUGGUCCCUCCUUCACCCCAACCACAAUGGGGGAGAUGUUCCGACCAGACCAGAUUCAGUGUGAUGAUGGUCAGCAGUUCUACUCUGACUGGAUCCGUCUCUACAGCAACCCUGUGUCUCAUCAGCCUACACCGGUCUCCCCAAACCUGGCAGAAUCCCUACUGUGGGAGGAAGACCGCCGAUCUCACCUGGGAUCUCUUGCUACUACCACUGCACCCAUUGGAAGGCAAGCACACUCCUCACGGCCAUUCCGGGAUGGGUUCAACCAGCCCUGUGUGGGGACCUCAGGGUAUAGGAACUUUAAUCCACAGACUCUAGCUGAGUCACAGGCCAGAUAUGGUCAUCAAACCUCAGUGGACCAGGUUGUCCCUUCCCAUCCACAGCAGAUGUACUGGGAUGUGACUCAAGGACAGGGUCAUCAUACUCAGGUGGGCCCCCAGACCUCAAUCGGAUACAUUUCGGACCUGAUCUAUAAUGCUGCUAUUGUCACCAACUUCCUGGAGUUCUAAUGUCCUGCCCCUGCUUACCUAUAGCCUGGUGGUCCCAGCUCUGGUGGUGCUGUCUUGCCAGGAGGCAAGACAGCACAAACCGAUGUGGGAUCACUAGGCUAUAACACUUGCCCAAUACAGUGUAUUCUGAAAG